UUCCCCGGACUAGAACAUAACGGCCGCUAUCCUGCUGCUUCAGCUUUGGAGAUAAAGGAAUUUGUGCGCGGCCUUCUUUCGAGUUGGAUCCGAUUGUGGGUGCAUCAUCAUCAUCAUCGGUGGGAAGUACGGUGCCAGUUUUGAAUAACAUUUAUUAUUAUCGUUUAUUAGAUUUUAUUGAUGUGCUGCGAUCUGAUUGUGUCGAUGAGGAAAAUAGGGGAAGCUACUGCAUGGAUGACAAAAGGUGAAAAGUGUUAUUGAGUGCAGCAAAAUGCUAUUGUUGUGAAGUGAUUAAAGUGGAGAAAAUUUAGAUCAUAAUGUCAACUGCCUUCAUGGUUGAUAGCAUUCUGAAGGAGAAAGACCUGGAGCGGUGCCCGAUUAGGCGUCACCACUCGUCCAGUAGGAUCAUCGCCAGCGGUGAAUCUUCGGAUAGUGAGUUUGAGGAGCAUGCCUCCGAUCUGAAGGAUUCCAACAGUCUGUGUGACUCGCCGAAGAGCUUCAACAGUUGUCUCAAUGUGAACAAUUCGUCCUUCUCGGACGAUGAGCUGGGCCCUGCGACGGUGAUUCGGUCGUACAACAAUGGGGCUAACGAUGAAAACAAUAUGCUGAUGGAUUAUUGCUGUGGCAAGUGCGGUCACUACCAGUCGGAACCGAAUCCUCCGGAGCAGAGGAUCAGGAGCAAUGGGGUAACGGUGGACGGUGGUGGGUUGGUGAGCGAGAGGAACUUUUCCUCCGGUGAGGGUGAAUAUGAGUUUCGGUGUGAAAAGUGUGGUUUUAGUGAAUUUAUUGCUUCGAAACAGACGAUACUGAAGGAGGUGGCUAAGCCGGUGCUGAAGUUCAGUGUUUCAGCGAUAUUGGGUGAUAAGAAGGAGUGUGUAAAAGUGCGAAAUGAGUUUAUCCAACCUCAACAUCUUUGGCCUUAUAUUCAACAAAACCUAAUCCAACAAAACCAUCUAGUAAAUCCAGCGUUUCUCGCAAUCUCACACCAUCAGUCUCAUCAUCAUCAUCCCCAGCAGCCCCUAUCCCCUCAUCAACCCCAUCAUCUAGUUCAAAUAAAUGGAACCUGUCAGGCCACAGGAAACAAUAACAAUAACAACAACAACAGUAACAACAACAACAAUAGCAACAACGGCAGCAACAGCAGUAACGGUAGUAAUUGCAAUGGCAAUAAUAGCUGUAGUAACAACACGAGCGAGGCUGGCAGUUUGCCAAACAGUCCAGAGCUGCAAGAUGAUGGUUCUCGUCUUCAACAGCAGCAGCAGCAGCAGCAGCAGCAGCCUCGAGAUAAUAAAAUCAUUGCGAAACCACUCCCAAGCCGGCCGAUGCCUUUCCUGCAGCAUGGACUGAACCAUCCACAUCUGCACUCGCUGCUGGCCCACUGUCGGAAUCCUUAUCUGCCGGGAGGUCCUCAAGUGUUUCCACUGCCGCCGGGACAGGGAUUUCCAUGGGCGCACUCGACGCGAGGGAAACCCCGACGAGGGAUGAUGCGGCGAGCUGUAUUCUCAGAUUCCCAACGGAAGGGGCUGGAGAAACGAUUUCAGCUGCAGAAAUACAUCAGCAAACCGGACCGGAAAAAGUUAGCCGAGCGACUCGGAUUGAAGGAUUCUCAGGUGAAAAUUUGGUUUCAAAACCGACGGAUGAAAUGGCGCAACUCAAAGGAACGUGAGCUUCUGGCCAGCGGUGGUUCCCGUGAUCAAACGCUGCCAAACAAAAACAAUCCCAACCCGGACCUGUCGGAUGCUCGCACCGAUCGUGCCCAGUCCCUUUCGCCACCCGCUUCACCUCCACCCACCAUAUCCGAUCAGCAGCAGCAGCAACAACAGCAACAAUCUCAUUCUCCUCAACAACAAUCACCCUCUCCUCAAUCAGUAAAACCACCUCUUCUCGUCGGCGGAGGUCUUCCGGUAGCAAAAACAUCCGCUUUAAUCAACUUCAAGCCAAAAUUCGAACUUUCCAAACCCCCGACCACAGUAGGCGUGGAGUUCAAAUACGAGUUCGAUGACAUCAGUGGUAGCUCAGGCAACGGUCACCAACAGCAACCACAUCAACACCAACAGCAGCAGCAACAACAGCAGCAACAACAGCAACAACAACAACCAAGGCCGCCUCUGAUGAACAGUUUCUAUGCUAAUUCGGAUCGUGAUCGUGAGCUACUGCUAGCGGCAAGCGCAGGAGGCGGUGCUGUUUUUAGCAACCGUUCCAACAGUUGCUCAUCCUCCGAUAAUAUAUCGUCCGGGAUGUACUACGAUGAGUACGAGUCCAAUUCGGAUGACUCUGACGAGGAAAUCAAUGUCACGUGACCUGACAGUGAGCUGGAAUCGGAAUAA